CUCCCUCCUCGACCUCCCUCCAUCCUUUCCUUCCUGCUUUUCCCACCAUAUUUCCUUGAUUCUCAGUCAUCCUUCCUUUGAUUUCCUCCUCCUCCCUGAAACAUCAUUUUAAUAACCUUUUUUUUCUCCUUUCUGGUCGUCCUGUUUAAAUCUCGGUGCCUUUGAGGCAUUUUCCUUCCUUCCUUCCUUCCUUCCUUCCUUCCUUCCUUCCUUCCUUCCUUCCUUCCUUCCUUCCUUCCUCAUGUCUUCAUCCUGAGCUCCUCCAUCAGGGUGACUGAGGAGACUCUGCUGGACCCUCCGAACGCUCCGCUCCUUCACUCCCUCCAUCCCUCCAUCCCUGUUCUCCUCUGGACUCCAAACUGCAGCAUUUAAAGGGUCCCAGCCUGUGUGGGGGUGUGUUUAUGGGGGGGUCACUCCUGUUUCCUCUGAGAUGAGUUUGAUCAGCACCUGGUGGAUCUAGGCCACGUAACCGAGAGUGUUGGAUUAUCAGCUGCAGGUAGGAAACAAAGAUCUCCAUGGCUAAAGUAACUCCGUUACUCCCACACCAAGUCUCCAGGUUAACUCCACCCUCUAUCGUUCUACAAGAUAUGGAUGAGGAGGAGCCAGGUGAAACCAGCCAGCAGCACAGAGACACUAAAGAAACGGGAGCAGGGCUUCUCUUCAAUGCCAACAACAGCAACAACAAUGAAGAGGAAGAGGAGAAGAAGAAAAAGAAGAAGGAGAAGAAAGAGAGGAAGGAGAAGAAGGAGAAAGAAAAACAGGAGAAGAAGGAGAGGAAACAGAAGGAGAAAGAAGAGAAGGAGAAGGCCAAGGAAAAGGAGAAGGAGAAGGAGAAAGAGAAGGAGAAGGAGAAGGAGAAGGAGAAGGAGAAGCCUCCCAAGGAGAUCACAGUGAUUGAUCCUGCAGGAAACAUGUACUACUACUGGCUGGGUGUUAUCACUGUUCCUGUCAUGUACAACUGGACUCUGAUUAUAGCCAGGGCGUGUUUUGAGGAGUUGCAGACUGACUACUUGAUCUUCUGGUUCAUCCUGGACUUCUUAGCAGACCUCACCUACCUUGGUGACAUGGUUUUCAGAACCAGGACUGGGUACCUGGAGCAGGGUUUGCUGGUGAAGGACGAGCAGAAGCUACGUGAACGGUACAUGAAAAGCUUCCAGUUCAAAAUAGACCUGGUAUCCAUGAUUCCCACUGACAUCUUCUACUUUGUCCUUGGAGUCACUUACCCCGAGAUCCGCCUCAACAAACUCUUCAGGUUUAACAGGAUGAUGGAGUUCUUCCAGCGGACAGAGACCAGGACAAACUACCCCAAUGUUCUUCGUAUCUCCAACCUCGUCAUGUACAUCCUCAUCAUCAUCCACUGGAACGCCUGCCUCUACUACUCCUUCUCCAAGGCCAUUGGUUUCGGUUCUGACAGGUUUGUGUAUCCCGACCCGAAAGAUCCAGAAUUUGGUCGUCUGGUGAGGAAGUAUGCCUACAGCAUGUACUGGUCCACGCUGACACUCACUACCAUUGGAGAAACGCCACCACCUGUAGAGAACUCUGAGUACUUCUUUGUGGUCACUGACUUUCUGGUGGGUGUGCUGAUUUUUGCUACCAUCGUCGGUAACGUUGGCUCCAUGAUCACUAACAUGAACGCUGCCAGAGCCGACUUCCAAGCUCGCAUCGAUGCCAUCAAACAGUACAUGAGUUUCCGAAAGGUAACAAAAGACCUGGAGAAGCGAGUGAUCAAAUGGUUUGACUUCCUGUGGACCAAUAAGAAAGCAGUGGAUGAGAGGGAAGUGUUGAAAUACCUGCCUGACAAACUGAGAGCCGAGAUCGCCAUCAACGUCCACCUGGACACCCUGAAGAAGGUCCGUAUUUUUGCAGACUGCGAGGCCGGCCUGUUGGUGGAGCUGGUGCUGAAGCUGCAGCCUCAGGUCUACAGCCCAGGAGACUACAUCUGUAAGAAAGGCGACAUUGGCAGAGAGAUGUACAUCAUCAAGGAGGGAAAACUUGCUGUGGUUGCUGAUGACGGUGUCACGCAGUUUGUUGUUCUCAGCGAUGGGAGCUACUUUGGAGAGAUCAGCAUUCUCGCCAUCAAAGGCAGUAAGGCAGGAAACAGGAGGACAGCUAACAUCAGGAGCAUCGGGUACUCCGACCUCUUCUGCCUUUCCAAAGAUGACCUGAUGGAAGCCCUGACAGAGUAUCCUGAUGCUAAAGCUCUGCUCGAGGAGAAGGGAAGGCAGAUUCUAAUGAAGGAUGGGCUGCUGGACCUCGAGGUGGCAGCGCAGGGCCCCGACCCCAAAGAGAUCGAGGAGAAGGUGGACCGGAUGACAAGCAAUCUGGACGCCCUGCAGACCCGCUACGCCCGGCUGCUGGCCGAGCACGAAGCCACUCACAGCAAGCUCAAACACAGAGUCACCCGGCUGGAGAAGAAGCUGGUGCCGCCCCCACAAGCUGAGCCGUCAGGUGAUGCUCCACCCCCAACACCUGAGACACAGGCAACCAAAGAAGAGGAGAAGUAAGAGGAAGAUUAAGACGAGGACUGUUUGAUUUUAGGGUCAGCUGGGCGGGAGGAUCCAGAGGUUUGAACCUGACGGGGAAUUCUGGACGUUCAUCUUCAGAGUUUCUGUUAACGUUUUGAAGCCAAAUUAGAAAAAAACCUGUGAAAUUGUGUUUGUCACAUUCAGGUGUUUGUAACAUCCCUUCACACGAGAACGCCUCUCAUUAAAGUAUUAACCUGCUGGA